AUGGCUUCUAAAAGUGAAAAAGAUCGUGCUAAACAAAUUCAAGAUCGAUGUCAGAAUAUCUUGAUUCAAUUACUUAAAGACGAGGACAAUAAAUACUGUGUUGAUUGUGACGCUAAGGGUCCCCGCUGGGCGUCAUGGAACCUUGGUAUAUUCCUCUGUAUUCGUUGCGCUGGUAUACACAGAAACCUUGGGGUCCACAUCUCCAAGGUAAAGAGUGUCAAUUUGGAUUCAUGGACAGCUGAACAAGUGGUAUACCUUCAACAGAUGGGCAACUCUAGAGCUCGUGCUGUCUAUGAAGCCAAUCUGCCCGACUCGUUCCGAAGACCUCAAAAUGACACUUCAUUAGAAGCCUUCAUUCGCGCCAAAUACGAGCAGAAGAAAUACAUAGCGAAGGAAUGGGUUCCUCCAACUAUGCCGAAAGUGAACUGGGAUAAAGAAAUAGACGAAGAAUUAGAAAAACAGAAACGUAAGAAAAGAGCUACAACAUCCGGCCUGGGACCGUUACCGGCUCCGUCAGCUGAUAAGAAAUAUAAUAAAUCUGAUGUGAUUCCAAGUUUACCGAAACCAAAAUCGUCAGUCAGUCCCAAAUUGGGCAGAAAUACGCCAACCAACCAAGUAGAGACGAAGACGUCUGAUGCGUCCGCUGAUCUUUUAGGCUUAGAUACAAAACAAGAAACAAAACCUACGAAUAAUGAUGACAUAUUCUCAAGUUUCUUCUCAGCACCUCAGGAAAAACCCGCUGAAACCAAACCGGCGGAAGUCAAGCCAGAUCUUAAGACUGAAGAGGAAAAUUUCUUCAAACAACCAGUUCCAACGGAAAAAGAGAAAUCAAAACUCACUAAAGACAGUAUACUUGCUCUGUAUAGCCAAACACCAGCGAAUACAUUAGCGAAUCAAUUCAACCAAGUGCAACCCCAACCUGGUAAUACUCUAGCCAACCAAUUUAACCCAGUCCCGUCUCAACCUGGCCUGGCAAUGGCCAAUCAGUUCGCAGUACCACCACAACAAUCUAAUAAUCUAACCAAUCAAUUCAAUCCUGUCCAACCACAAACCGGUAAUCUAGGUAAUCAAUUCAACCCCGUCCAAUCCCAGAGCGGGGCAUUCGGGUUCGGUCAAGUCUACCAACCACCACCACAAACAGCAUUCAACAACAUGAGUAUCCCUAAUGGCAUGCAAUCUUUCAACCAAUUUCCAUCAAUGGCAAAUCAAUUCCAGCCGUUCCAGAAUCAAAUGUCCCAACCCUUACCCCAGCAGGCGUUUCCACAGAACCAGCAAUUCUUCAAUGCACAACAGCCACCGUUAUCUCAACAGUUCAGCGGACUGAAUCUAGGCCAAGGUUUCAAUGCAUUCCCACAGAAUCCUAAUGUUGCAAGCAAUAUAUGGCAAUAA